AGUUCGCCCGCCGGGGCCGUGAAAGCGUCCGAACUGGGCAUCAACGAGAACACGAUCCACACCCGGUCCCACCUGGGUCACUUCUUCAAAGUGGGGGAUUCCGAACUCGGGUACGACCUGGCCUAGGCCAACAUCAACAACGGCAACUUUUAGAAACUCAAGCAGGACGCGAUUCCGGAGCUGCUGCUGUUCAAAAAUUACUACGACAAAUCCCAGCGCAGACAGUCCCGCAACUGGAAGCUCAAGCACCUCACCGAGGAGGACGCGUUGGACACGGACAUUAAGGAGGACUGCAACGAGUUCCUCGAGGACCUCGAGGAGGAUCCAGAAAUGCGACAGAACGUCGACAUCUUCAAGGACGCCGCCAGGCAGCAGUCUAUGCCGGUGGACGUCAACGAUAUGGCCGACCCGUCGGUGCCGCGCAUCACCCUGGAGGAGUUGCUCGACGAUCUGUUGCUGACCGUCGCCCAAUAUGGUCAAGCUCUCCGAGAUACAGUUAGUGUUAAACAACCACAUAGCAAGUUGUCGAACUUGCUUCGUGAGUACAUCAAACAGGUUCACAAGGUUCGACUCAGUUUUGACGUCAUCAACUACUCGCAGAUAACUUUGAGGUGAAUUAAAUGAAAUUUUUCAUUUUGUUAUUAACGAAAAUUAAAAAUAAAUGAGUGGUCAAAAUUAACAAUAGCUUUUUUGCGUUCUUUUUUUAUAUUGAAACAGCAAAAGUACAUUCUACUUGGGUUUAGUAACGGGAAACUGGAUCGUAUAUAAGUAUAGUCCAGACUCGAUUAUCGGAAGCCUCGACCAGACAUGCAUCGUCACUAAGAGCUCUUCUUAACGGCACCCAGCUUGUUCUAGUUGGCAUUUACGUUUAAAGUAAUGUUAUGCUUGAAUAAUGUGUAGAAAACAUUGGUUCAUUGGAAAAACCGACUUUAGGUAUAUUUUCAUGUGACUGUGCUCAUGCUCUCAAGAAGAACUUCUUAAAAGCUCUUUGAGUGCACUCUAAAAGAAGAGUUAGAGCGGAUGCACGUCUGGCCUCGACCAGGGGCCAUCAAUAAUUCACGUGGACACUUUUUUGGAAAAUUUCAUUUUGAGAUUUUUUGUUCUACAAAAAAACCUAAUUCUCAUGUUUGUUUUUUCUAGAAUCUUUCUAGUAUUCUUAUUUGCAUUUAUAAUGAUUUGUUAAUGUUUUUAUUUUCAGUCUGAGGCUAAUUCUACAACCUCUUGCUAAUGUGCGGUUUUCUAAAUUUUCCGGUCACCUUUUCAUUUUUUUUAAAUAUGCAAUUAGUGAUUCAAAAUAUGCAUUUAAACUACUUGCUGUAAAUCGUAACAAAAUGUGUCAGAAUCGAGGUCAGAAUAUAAUUUAAUUCGACGGUAACAUUUCAAAAGGCAUCAUGUACAUUAUGACACUUUCUGGGUUAUUACAUAUUCUGAAAGUACUCCUAAUAAGCUACCUCUCCACCAAAAAUGAGCAAAAGUUACUUCAGUAAAGUCUGUUUAAUAAUGAUUUUAAAUAAAGUAACAUAAACAAAAUCUCUGCCAUCAGCAGUCCCUGUUUAUAUAGCCCUGUCAACCUGUCAAACAAAAGACUACAUGAACCUCGUGACGAAAAAAAAUCAUCAUGAAAAAAGCGCCAUGUACAUUCGGCGAAGAAAAACGAAUCAUAACAAAGCGCUCCCUCCAAUGCCAGCAGGGUGAUAUAGACGUUGGUGAUUUCAAAAGGAGUUAUGUUUGUUUUUCUUAAAUAAAACGACGGAAAUAAUGUUUUAUUGAAUUUGGAUGAUCAAGUAUCAAUAAAAGCAACGUUUUUCAACGUUUGUUAUCAUUAGAACAUCUUCUUUUCCUUUUUAUAUUAAAAUGGGAAUUGAAAAUGGAUGCUCAACAUUCAAAUGCGUUUUUCUCAAAACGCAUGGUUUGUACAUGAUGCUUUUUGAAAUGUUGGCGUCGAAUUUUUCACAAGUUAAAAAAUGCACUUGCACGGGGUCAUGGCACAAGGAGGGAUACCCAUCAUACGUAAGAAGUUUGUAGAUUUUAUUGUUUUCUGCUUUGAUUGUUUUGUUUUGGUUAUGUUUUCUAUUUCUCGUUUUUUUUGUUUCCAGUUUUUUGUUUUUAAAUUUUCUGUUUUUUGUUUAAAUUUUUCUGUUUUUUUUUUUGUUUUCUUUCUACUGUACUUUAUUGUUUUCUGUUUUGGUUUUUGCUUAUUAUGUUUCCUUUCU